AUUAAACUCCUCCUGCAGGUCACACGUCUGCUGAGAGCAUUAGUGUUUUCAGCUACAGCUCAGCGAAUGUGUUUUUAACGUUUCCAGUGGUUUUGUGAAGUAUGGAGUACGCAAAAACCUUAGUUCCUACAUCUCUAAUGAGGUCUGUGUCGUCAGUGCAGACGUCUCUUGCUCUGCGAAUGCUGCCCCCUUCUCAGCCCCGUCCAUACAGAGUCUGCACGCGGAACCGCCGCAAGAGGAAAGGCUUCACCGCCACCUCUCUAGCAGAUCUCAUGGAGCAGGUGGCUGGGUCUUUCUCGAUAACGUGCCAGUUCCUCACACUGGUGGUGGAAGAUGAUGGGACGGUGGUGGACACUGAGGCUUUUUUUCAGUCUUUACCUGCUAAUACGCCAUUCAUGGUCCUGGAGAAAGGGGAAGCUUGGACACCCAGUAAACUGGUUCUGCCAAGUUUCAGACAGCCAAGAAGAAGUGGAAUUGCCAAACUGAGCUUUGAUCUGUACAAACUGAACCCAAAGGAUUUUCUGGGCUGCCUCACCAUUAAAGCCACACUCUAUGAAAUAUACACACUCUCAUAUGACAUCAAGUGCACCAGAGCCAAGUACUUUCUCAAGUCUUUAUUACAGAGUUUCUUGUACAUGGCCAAACUGGCAGGUCAGGUUCUCCUGCGCGGCUCCACGUAUGUGUUGCGGUAUAUUGGAGACGAGGAAUCCUCUAGCUAAACGUCACGUCAUCUGGUGACAGAUCAAAAUAGUGGGACAAAAAUGAAUGCUGCACUCAUGUUUAGUUUUUGCUUACAUGUUUAGACAAAUAUCAAUAUAUUUUUGUCCUUUGUACAUUGUUUUAUGUGGCAGAAUUGCUUAUUUCUAAAAUUCAAUGUAUGUAAAUGUGUACUGUGAAUUUAAAAAAAAAUAGUGUACUAAAGGAAAACUAAAAAUUUUCCAUGUUAUCUUUUAUCAGACUUGUGCUAACAUGAUCUACAGUUGAACUCCAGUUGUGUGUCUGCAUUUUUAAGACUUUAUCUGAUUUACUUAUCCAUCAGAAUAAAACUCCCAAAGGUAAAAAAAGUACAAAAUUAUGCAAGCACACUUAUUUUCCCUCACAAUUCUGGAAAACUGUGAGAAAGACACACAUUAGCAAGGAAAAAGUCUGCGAGAACUGCAAGAUACAAAAAAUUGCAAGAUAUAAAAUUGCAAUUCUGAAGAAAAAAAAAUUAAAUCUCACAAUUCUGAUUUUAUUGCAAUUUUUUGUUUCUGCAAGA